GACAAGUGUGCACGCAAACCAAUGAGCAGAGACAGCGCAGUAGAGCGCAAAGAAAAUAGAGCCGGGAUUGAGAAGAACCUGUCUUUAUCACUGAAGGAUCUUAACAAGCAUUUGAACAGCAGAAUGACAAAGCGAUUGGAAAAUGAUGGGAGAGAGAAUGAAAAUGAAGGGAGAAUGUCACCGAAAAAGAGAUGCAUUGGAGAUGGUGACAGCAUGCAAAUGCAUUUUGAAAACACAACAUUUCAACAGCAUAAUCUUCCCCAUAAUAAUAAUAAUAAUAAUAGUUUGAUAUCACCUGGACAACAGAUUUAUAACCCAAAUAUGAAGUAUAACUUCACAAUUGAGCAGAAGGAUGGCAGUACAGCAUUUGCUCCAAACAUAGUAGGAACAAACAUAACUGGUGACGUUAACAUGAACCUACAUGUGCCAGGUGUCCAGGUGUCUCACUCUACAGUAAACAAACAGGAAGUUCUUAAGACUGUAAAGAAUAAGAUAAAAUCAAGAGUGAUGGAGGACUCCGAGAGGAUUUUGGAGGGCAGCGCAUCACAGUCGGUCUCUCUAAACGAGAUCUACACACAGCUGUUCAUCAUCAAUGAUGAGUCGGACCCCAUCAACAGAGAACACGAAGUCUGGCAGAUCGAGGUGACGCAUGAUUUCGACACGUCAGCGCAGAAAAUCAUAAACUAUAAUGAAAUCUUUCAACCGCCUGUGGGUGAGAGCAGAAUUAUAAAGACCGUUUUAACUAAAGGAAUUGCCGGAAUUGGGAAAACGUUCACCGUGAAGAAGUUUCUCCUCGACUGGGCGAGCGGAGAAGCCAGUCAAGAUCUAGACUUUGUGUUUCUGCUGCCGUUCAGAGAGCUGAACUUGCUUGAGGAAGAAAAGCAGAAUCUUUUUGACCUGAUCUGUGUGUUUUACGCUGAGUUUAGAGAGGCGAGAGAGAUCCCUGAUUGGAUCUGCAAUAGGAAAGUUCUGUUCAUCUUAGAUGGUCUGGAUGAAUAUAAAAAGGAUUUGAACUUUAAGAGCAGCAUUUUGUCGGAUGUGACUAAAGAGGCCACAGUGGAUGUCCUUCUAGUAAACCUUCUGCAAGGAAAGCUGCUUCCAUCCGCACGCGUGUGGAUCACCAGCCGUCCUGUCGCAACUGUACAGCUUCCGACUGACAUCUUCAGAAAUGGGUACAUCACACAGAUCAGAGGAUUCACAGAUGAGCAAAAGCAGGAGUACUUCACCAGGCAGUUUGAGGAUCCAGAGCUAAGAAAAGAAGUCAUCCGUCACCUGAAGUCUCACAAGAGCCUGUGGAUAUUGUGCCACAUACCUCUGUUUUGCUGGAUUUCAUCGGUUGUUCUCAAAGACAUCAUCGGAAGUCAAAAUAAACACAGAAACAUGCCAUCAAAUAUGACGGAAAUGUACAUCCACUAUCUGCUCAUUCAGACUGGGCUGAGCCACAAGAAAUAUCAAGGGGAAGAGCUGUCGCAAGAAGACGCUCUCCAGAAACAUGAAGAAGUGAUUAUGAAACUGGCAGAGCUGGCAUACAGGCAGCUGAAGGAGCAGUGUGCCAUCUUCAGAGAAGAAGACUUGAAGAAAUAUAACAUCUCUGCAGAUGAAGCGUCCCAGUAUCCUGGCGUCAUUACCUGUGUCUCAGAGCGCAAAUUUGGAUAUAACAGGUCCAAACUUUUCAGCUUUGUUCAUCUCAGUGUCCAGGAAUUUUUUGCAGCCAUGUUUGCAUUUCAAGAAUUUCUAUCAAAAAAUCAAGACUGCCUGGAAUUAAUUGUGUCUGAAAAGAGGCAGAAGUCUAAAUUGUGUGAUUUUCUCAAAAGUUUGAUUAAUGAGGCCUUGAAAAGCAAAAAUGGACACUUGGACCUUUUUAACUGUUUUGCCUUUGGGAUUUCUUGUGAUUCCAGCAGAAAAAUACUUGAAGGAUUCCUGCCUCCAAUCAGGAGCAGUAGUUCAGAUGAUCACAGAAAAGUGGCCACAUACAUUAAGUCCUUGAAGAGAAAAGGUCUGUCUUCCGAGAGAUGCAUCGGUCUUGUUCGUUGCCUGGUGGAGCUCAAGAACCGGUCGUUUUUACAGGAAAUGCAUGAGCUUGAACGCUCGCAGUGCAAAGAGCCACUCACACUGUUCCAGUGCUCGCUUCUGGCUUACCAGUUUGUGAUGUCAGAUACGAAACACAGUGAGUUUGAUCUCAGGAAAUACAACAUCAACUUAGACGGGUUUCAGAGAUUCUCCCCAGCCAUCAUGUGCUUCACAAAGGCUCUACUCAAAGGAAGCAGCUUGACAGAGCAGCACUGUGAGAUCCUGAGUCAUUACCUGUCAUCACAAAACUCUCACCUGACUGAUCUCGAUCUGAGUCACAAUGGUCUGGGUCUGUCUGCACUGAAGAAACUUUCCAAGACACUCUGUGAUCCCAACUGCCAGAUUGAGGUGCUGAACCUGAGCCACAAUAACUUCCAGAGUCAGGACAUGGAGCUGAUCAGGGAUGUGCUUUCUGGAGAAAACAUGAAUCUGAGAGUCCUGGAUCUGAGCGACAAUCCUCUACAGGAUCCAGGAGUGAAAAUACUCUCAGCGGGACUGAAGAGCCCUCAAUGUCAUCUUGAAGAUCUGAAGCUUUCAGGCUGCCAGAUUAAAGAAGGAGUUUAUCAGCUGGUGUCGUCUUUGAAGGACAAUUCAUAUCUGAGAAAGUUGGACCUGCGCUAUAAUGAUCUUGGAGACAUUGGACAGGAGAUUCUGCAGCGUGAGCGGCUCUCACUGAGUAUUUCCACUGGAGGAGAAUGCAGUCACCAACCAGGACUGGAUAAAUAUUUUGUAGCGCUCACCUUUGACCCCCAGACGGCUAAUGAUCUCCUCUAUCUGAGCGAAAACAACACUAAAGUCACUCGUCAGAGAGAGAAACAACGACUUCCUGCUAAUGACGAGAGAUUCGACAAGUGCAACCAGGUCCUGUGCCGCCAGCCGCUGAUUGGACGCUGCUUCUUUAUCGUGGAUGUGAUUGGUCGAGAUGUGCAUGUGGGCGUGGCCUGUAAGGCAAUGGACAGGAAGGGAGCGAGUGACACCGUCUGUCUGGGACACAAUAAGAUGUCAUGGAGUUUACAUUUGUCAGAUAAUUUAUAUGUAGCUCAUCACAACAAUAAAACUGUAUCGAUUCAAUCAGAGUCUUCAGUCAGAAAUCUGGGUGUGUUUGUGAACCGGGACGCAGGUUCUGUUUGCUUCUAUAUGUUGAGUCCACAGUAUAAACUCUUGUACGUGUUUGAUGCAGAUUUUCCUGAGGACCAGGAGCUUUACACUGCGUUCAGGAUUCAGGAGCCAAACAGCUCAGUCAUUCUCAGGCAAGAAUCACAAUAAAUGUAUGCACAGUUACUGUGUGAUUGAUUCCUCACAUCUGGAUCAGGCUUAUAAUAUCAACCUGCUGGAUCUGGUGAAAGAAACCAGCUAGGAACCACCAAAAACAUGACGUCAGUCAUCAUGAACACCAAACAGCAGAUCUGAACCAGAACUGACACAAGAGAUCAAAUAUAUUUGCUUUAAUUGAAUCUAAUGCAGUUUCUGUUUAUUGGACUGAUUCUUUUAAUAUCCAGAAAUCAAACUGUAAAAACUGUAAAACUAUUGUUUGGGUCAUUAUCAAAAACAAUGUAAUGUUCAUG